CCAAAUCCCGACUUUUCUCUCUUGUUAUUACUCCUCUAGCUUUUUCCAAUUAAGCUCUGAUUUUCUUCACCUUUCAGAAACACAACACAUUUCUCAUACACCUUCCAGCCAUGGUUGCUGCUGCUGGAAAACUCUCUGUGGUGGUCGUUAUGGUGCUAGUAAUAGCCACCAUUUUCAACUCUGUUUCUGCAGAUCCGGAUAUGCUUCAAGACGUUUGUGUUGCUGAUCUCAAUAAUGCUGUGAAGAUGAACGGUUUUGCCUGCAAAGCAAGCUUUAGCGCAUCAGAUUUCUUCUUUGCCGGUCUAGCAAUGCCAAAGCCUGCCAACAAUAUGCUGGGUUCAACCGUGACUCCAGCCAAUGUGAUGCAAAUUCCCGGCCUCAACACCCUAGGUGUCUCCAUGGCUCGUGUCGACUUUGGCCCCGGCGGCGUUAACCCGCCCCACACCCACCCACGCGCCACCGAGAUAUUGUUCGUUCUCUACGGAGAAUUGGAUGUUGGGUUCAUUACCACAGCCAAUGUGCUUGUUUCCAUGACCAUCAAACAGGGUGACAUAUUUACGUUCCCUAAGGGUUUGGUUCACUUCCAAAUUAAUAAUGGAAAAGGGCCAGCUGCCGCUAUUGCUUCGUUCGACAGCCAAAACCCCGGUGUCCAGGCCAUUGCUGCCACGUUGUUUGCUGCCAUGCCUCCGGUGUCGGAUAGUGUGUUGAGUAAGGCUUUCCAGAUAUCAAAUCAGGAGGUUGAUGCAAUCAAGUCAAAACUUGCAGGAUAGCUGUAGAAGGUGCUUUGUGAUCUGGGGUGGAUAUGUUGAUGGUUUUCUUGUUUUUCUUCUUGUUGUUGAUUGAAAAAGGAUUCAUGCAUUUAAAAAAAGAAAUAGUGGGUCGGAAAGUGAAUCGAUGUUGUAUUUGAGUAUGUAUUCACUUUCAUUUCUUUUGUUUACCGAAAAAUAAGACGAAUGUUUUAAAUAAUAGUAGUAUCUGAAUACAUAUCAAUGAUAGUAGUGUAUCACCCCAUUUUGUAUUUCACAAUAAGCCACUUGAAUUUUGACAUUUGAAGUUUUUUGUGCA